AAUGUAAACAGCAAACAUUUUAUGUCAUAAUGAUGAGAGCUUUUUUCCUGAAAUUUCUGUUCUCCCUCUUGUUGUUUUCCUUUCAUAAUAUUUCCUAUGCAAGGGAUACAAUCACAUCCACUCAAUCCCUCAAAGAUGGCGAAACCAUCAUUUCAUCCGGUGGAAGCUUUGAGAUGGGGUUUUUCAGCCCUACCAAUUCACAGAAUCGCUAUGUUGGCAUAUGGUACAACCAAAUACCCAAUCGCACUGUAGUUUGGGUUGCCAAUAGAGACACUCCCCUCACUAAUACCUCAUCAGUGGUCUUGAAAAUCAUCAAUCCAGGCUGGCUAGCUCUAGUUGAUGGCAACAAUAAUGCUACUAUAUGGCAUACUAACACUUCCAGACAAGUCCCAAAUCCGGUUGCAAAAUUAUUGGAUUCAGGGAAUCUGGUGGUGACUGAUAAUGCAAAUGAUGAGAGCCCAGAGAAUUUGCUGUGGCAAAGUUUUGAUCAUCCUACAGAUACUCAAUUGCCAGGGAUGAAACUCGGAAAGAAUUUCGUUACUGGUCUCGAGGUUCCACUAUCAGCCUGGAAAGCAGAAAACAAUCCAGAAAAAGGGGAAUAUGAGCUCCACAUUGAGCCUAAAGGAUACCCACAAUCCAUCAUGAGAAAAGGCGGAAACAAAGUGUAUCGAUCAGGAUCAUGGAACGGUUUGCGUUGGGGUGGAACACAUGGAAUACAAAAAAAGAGCUAUGUUAUCGACACGUCUGUAAUCAUUAACACGAACGAGGUUUCCACCAGUUUUAAGGUUCAUAAUAGCUCAGAUUUGGUCAGGAUGGUCCUCACAAGCACUGGGAGUAUACUUCUGUAUAAAUGGGCAGAUGAAACAGAGGAGUGGAAAACACUGAGAAAUGCACCAACUGAUGUUUGUGACACAUAUGGAUCAUGUGGGGCUUAUGGGAGUUGUAACUAUGAUAAUUUCCCUGUUUGUGGAUGCUUGGAUGAUAAGUUUUUGCCUAGAGAUAAAGUGGCAUGGGGAAAGUCAGAUUUUUCAGGAGGGUGUGUCCGGAGGACACCCUUGAAGUGUCAAAAUGUAACCUCAAAUGGAUUCUUGAAAUAUUCUGGUAUUAAAUUGCCAGAUACUGAGUUUACAUGGUUCAAUACCAGUAUGAAUCUUCAAGAGUGUGAGCAAGUUUGCUUGAAGAAUUGCUCUUGUAUGGCUUACUCAAGUUUAGAUAUAAGCAAUGGACAAAAUGGUUGCUUGCUUUGGUUUAGUGAUUUGAUUGACAUCAGAGUUCUACCUGAGCAAGGGCAAGAUCUUUACAUAAGAAUGGCUUCCUCUGAUUUAGAUUAUCCUUCAAGCUCAAAGGGCAAGAAAUCAAAAAUAAUAAAAUUGACUUCAUCAGUAUUGGUUGGUAUUCUGGUGCUGAGCUUGACCCUGACUGUGGUCAUUAUAUUGUACAAACGAAAAAAGAAGGAGAUCAAUUUAAAGCUAAAAUGGGAAGAAGAUCAAAUAUUAUUUGAAGUAUCAACAAUAACAAAGGCUACAAAUAACUUUUCACUUAAUAAUAAGAUUGGAGAGGGAGGAUAUGGACCUGUUUACAAGGGAGUACUAGAUGACAGAAAGGAAAUAGCGGUGAAACGGCUUUCAAAGACAUCUAAACAAGGGCUUGGAGAAUUUAAAAAUGAAGUCAAUUCUAUUGCCAAGCUUCAACAUAGAAAUCUGGUGAAGCUUCUCGGAUGGUGCAUUCAAGGAGAUGAAAAGAUGUUGAUCUAUGAAUAUAUGCCAAACAAAAGUCUUGACUCCUAUAUAUUUGAUAUUAAAAAAAGAGCAUUAUUUGAUUGGUCAAAACGCUUCAACAUUAUCAAUGGAGUUGCAAGAGGGCUUUUGUAUUUGCACCAAGAUUCUCGACUAAAAAUUAUUCAUAGAGAUCUCAAAGCUAGCAAUAUUUUGUUGGAUAUUGACAUGAACCCAAAAAUAUCCGACUUUGGCUUGGCAAGGAGCAUUGGAUUAAACGAGACAGGAGCAAAUACAAACCGAGUUGCUGGAACACUUGGUUAUAUGUCACCGGAGUACGCUGGACAUGGGGUCUUUUCCAUUAAAUCAGAUGUGUUUAGCUUCGGUGUUUUGAUACUAGAAAUUGUGAGCGGAAAAAGAAAUAGGGAUUUUUCUCAUCAUCAAGAUCACUAUGAGAACCUUCUUGGCCAUGCAUGGAAACUUUAUAGAGAUAGAAGAUUGAUUGAACUUGUAGACGAGCAUCUAGUUGCACCAUGUGAUUUGCCACAAGUUCUAAGAUCAAUCCAUGUCGGCCUAUUAUGUGUUCAACACUACCCUGAAGAUAGGCCAGGCACGUCUUCCAUAGUUCAUAUGUUAGCUAACAAUGUUGAGUUACCCAUUGCUAAAGAGCCUGGUUUCUUCACAAAAACAAAGGUAAAUGAUGAGACGAAGUCUUCUUUAGGCGUUGAAAUAUCAUGUUCCAUAAAUGAAGUCACCAUCUCAUCAUUCAGUCCUCGUUAAAAAGAGUACCUAUACAAUUGAGUUAGGUUAUUUCUAUUUAUAUUUACCCCAAGUUUGUAUUUGUUUUUACGAAUUUCAUAGGGAAAACUUCUAGCAUCAAAUUAAACCACUUUGACGUUCUUUUUCCCUGUUCA